AUGGCUCUCGCUAUUGCCGUGGAAACUAAUCAGGAUUAUAUGGUUCAAAUUCUUCUGGAAGCCGGAGCUUCUGCCAAUGUCGAUUUAGAUGGAACACCAAUUUUAAACAUUGCAGUGCAAAAUGAUCUUGAGGGGAUCGUACGACAUCUGGUUGAAGCUGGAGGUAAUGUUCAUGUUGAGUGCAAUGGAAGUCUGCUUUUGAAUAUUGCGACUUUGAAUCAGAAUAAGGAAAUUGUAGAAAUACUUUUAAAAGCUGGCGUUGAUGCAAAUAAAACGUCUGAUAAAGGCCGUUUCUUUAGUCCAGCUCUACAUAUUGCAAUCACGGCAAAAGAUCAAUCAAUUGUUGAAUUGCUAUUGAAGUAG